AUGAUUGAUUUUUUUUCAAACCAACAGACUUGGGGUGUCUGUCAGGACCCCCCGCGAGUCACAACCCCAGCUGUCACCACUGCUCCUCCGCAGGUCACAACCCCAGCAGCCCCGACUGCUCCUCCUGCAGAUACAGACUGUGCUGCAUAUAAAGCCGCCGGACACACGACCAGUGGAGUCUACACACUUGGCUCACCUCUGUCCGGUGUAGAGGUCUACUGUGACAUGGAUACAGCAGGAGGAGGCUGGACUGUGAUCCAACGACGGCAGGACAAUUCGGUUCCAUUCGACCGGACCUGGGUAGAGUACAAGCACGGGUUUGGGAACAAGAACGGGGAAUACUGGCUUGGGAACGAGAACAUCCAUCGCCUGACUGCUCAGAAGGACUUUAGACUGCGGAUUGACAUGAUGGACAUAAAUGGACAGGAGCGCUACGCGGAAUACAACACAUUUAGGGUGUCCGGUGAGUCGGACGGGUACCGACUGACCAUUUCCGGGUAUUCAGGCACAGCGGGAGACUCUAUGACUCACAUUUAUUCCAACAACGGGCAGAGGUUCUCCACUGUGGACAGGGACAACGAUGACGACAGGGAGCGCGACUGUUCUCAGCGUCACGCACAGGGCGGCUGGUGGUAUAACAGAUGCGGCACCUCCUUCCUUAACGGCAACCUCCUGCGCAACUGUGGCGUUCACUACUGUUCAUACUCGCAAGGUGUGGUGUGGUGGAACUGGAUAGAUGGGGGUGGAGAGCUUACAUUUGUGUCUAUGAAAAUCAGGCCACGAUAAUCGCACCUUCUUUACUAAAUGUCAUCACAACCAAGUCAUUGCAAAUUCUUGCCCGAAAGCUAAUUGCAAAUUACAAACAUGAAAGAAUAGUUAGGAGUAUAAAAUAACUUAUACAACAUAAACAUUUACAUAAUGAAAUGUAGUUGCCUAACUAAAGCACUGCUUUGUCAGUUAUACAAGACUUUACAAGAAUAUAGCCUCAGUCUGUAGACACAUAAACUAUAUAGUCUUCCAUGGAAUAGUCCCUGAGGACUAUUAUUACGGUAACCAUAGUUACCCAAAAGUACACGUUACCUUACGUUGUACAAUAUUAUACAAUUGCUGAGUGAUGAAAUCAUUUCUAAUC